UGUGCCGCGAACUGUACGGUGACUGACAUCCGUGUAUACGCGGGACUAAUUAAUCAGGGCAUUUCAAAUUUAAAAUACUAUACGGGCAGCGAGUAUUACAUUAAUCCCACGUACGUAGCAAACAAAUGGUUUGCCUACGAUCUGGCGCUCAUCCGACUCAACACUAAUAUACUACUGGACGGGGCGUCGGGUUUGACGGGAAUUAACGCCAUUUGUUUGCCCGAAGAGAAUGUGACAAAUGUGGCCGAAGAGUACGCCCUAUUGAAUGGGUUCGGACACAAUACAGAUGACGGGUGGGGUAAAGGUGUACAACGCGUGGGCUGGACUAAAAUCAUGAAGGGCAAUCCGAACAAUAGUCAUGGUGAAAGUGUAAAGCUAUUUUUUAAGCGCACACCAUACCCGACGGGAACAGCCGGUUGUACCUAUGUGAAUGGUGUGGCUGUACUUAUUGGCAUUUAUCGUGGUACAAACACGGGAAAUGCAUGUAUGGGCUUAGCGCCAAAAUCUAAAGGAUAUGCCUGUCGUGUUUCAUAUCACAUGCAAUGGAUCGUCAAUACUAUCUAUGAUAACAAUCCC